UAACGCACAAGGCAGCAAUAAAGACCAAGAAAAUAACAAAAGCCCAAAUAUCAAUUAAUUAAAAAUUAAUAAGAGUGAAUGACUGUGACUAAUAUAAAGUUUAGCGUAAUGUUAAUUUUCUACGUAGUCUCACAAAAUAUUUCAUUGGAUCACUAACAUUUAGAUCAAUUAUUAGCACUGACGUGUGGGUAGUGAUAAGAAAAUAAAACUAGAAGUACCAGAAUUUCGGGCGAAGAAAUGCACUUCUCUAUUCCGGACACUCAAGAAUUAUAUGCAGAGCUAACUGGAACCACCUACACAGGCUACAAUAUCUACAUUAAUGGUAACUACCAUUGCUGUUUGCGCUAUAAGCAAUUGCACGCUUUGCAUGAACAGCUGCGUCGUCGAUGUGCUGAUCUCAACAUACAAUUGCCAGCUGCGUUCCCUCCGAAACGUUUACUUCCGCUAACUACUGGACAGUUGGAAUCAAGACGUGCGUCUUUAGAACACUACCUACAAUUAUGCGGGCAAGAUGCGAUUAUUUCCAAAAUGGAACAUUUUCAAAGUUAUCUGCUAAAUGCACAGCAAGAGACUACAUUGGCCGAAGGUGUUCUUAGUAAUGAAUACAAUGGAAGUGAUUUAAAGCGUGUUUCUGUUGUACUAGAGGUAUGGCUUUCAAACGACUUUACGCUGCAGGUAAAUUGCCAUAUCGGUGAUAAUGCCAGCUCUGUAUUGCGUACAGUGUGUGAAUGUGUCCAACUGCCUACGCAAUUCAUGAGGCACUUUUGUCUAUAUUUAGUUUGUCGAAAAGACAGUGAUACCACUCAAAACAAAUCGGUGCUAUUAAGACGUUUGAUGGAUUUUGAAUCGCCAUAUUUGUCUCGAUUACGUGCUCAAGAAUAUACUUCUUCAUGUCAGGUAAUGGUGCGCAAGAGCUAUUGGAACCCCCUGUAUGACCUCAGUUUAUUACAAGAACCUGUGUCAUUAAAAUUGCUCUUCGAACAAACAGCUUCUGAUAUAGAAAAUGGUUGGAUUAUAGCAGCACCUGAUGUUUUACAGAAGCUUGCCAGUAUGCGAGAGCACGGGCUGCAAAAAGAGUACAUCCAAGCGGCACGGCAGUUACCCCUAUACGGCUGCUUGCAAUUUAGUGCGUCGCUCAUCGAUUACCCUGAACCACGAACUACUGCACUGAUAUCCAUAGGCAAUCGAGAAUUAAGUAUGCGUACUGCAACGGCAGGCAAAAUCUAUGAAACAAAAUUUAGAGUGACGAGAAUGCGAUGCUGGCGUGUAACAGCCAUGCAUAACACUAAUACCAGUGAUCUACCAAAUUCUAAUAGCGCGGGAGAUAAUGCAAAUACUUACUUGAAGUCACCAACAAAUUUGCAACUCGCUUUUGAAUAUUUGAUGUCGAAGCAAAAUCUACGUUGGAUUACUAUUACCAGCUCACAAGCGAUGCUUAUGUCUGUAUGUCUUCAAUCAAUGGUCGAUGAAUUGCUUAAUUGCAAAGACUCUAUCGAUGGACUAAAUACACGCAUUCCAAAAGACACCCCAUCCCAAGUGCUAUCCUACGUUUCACGGAAUGGGCGUGUUUCGCAUACACCUUCAAUGCUUACAUCGUCCGUCUCUACACCAUCCCUGUCCACUGAACUGAUGUCGUCAUCAUCUGCAACAACGACAACUACCACUUCAAGCUCUUCUUCAUCAUCAUCCCCAACGGCGCCAGUUAAAUUUCUUUCACAACGUACUAAAACGAAAUUCAAUCCAAAAUUAUCUAAUUCCAGUUCAUAUUCAGCGGUUUUCUUUCGUAAUGGCGCUGAGGAGUCCGUGCACAACGAAGCGUUCGAAGGCAUCGGCGACGAUGAUCUUUAGAUAUAGAAAAAUUAUUAAAACUAAGGGUGCACAAAAUAAUGCAGUAUCUACGCUGGUAGAAUUAUCUCUUUGGCACAACAUGCAAAUACAUAUGUUUGGUUGUAAUACCAAAAUGGAUUCUCUAUUUACCAUUCGCAAGAAAAAGUCUCUACACUAUCGAUUAGGUUUAUAAUUUAUUAAUUGUAAAGAAGUAGAAUGUGCACACAAUUAUUGUAUUUAAUAGAGAAAGUUAAAAUUGUGUUUAUUAUUCUUGUCGAAAAAUUGCCAAAUUAUUUAAGCUUAGACUGUUAUAGUGAAUUUCAAAAUUGAUAAACGUUGAUUAUUUACUUUAGAGAAGUAACACUUUUUAGUAAGGGUUUGUUUGGAUUUGAUUUCCAGGCUGCCAGGUACAUAAGUAUAUAUGAAAUGAAAGUGCAUUUGCACAUGCAUAAAAAGUAUAUGCAUGUAAAUGAAUUUAUCUAACCUUUUUUGUAUACUAAUGUUUUUUAAAAGCAAUUUUUAUGAAUUUAACUUUUAUAUUAUAGUUAAAAAAUAUUAAUGUACAAUACAUAUGUACAUAUGUAUGUAUGUAUAAUAAAAAGCAUGCAUAUUUUUACCCAUUGUAUCCGUCAAAACUUUACGAUUUGGGAAAUUAUUAAAGAGCAACAGCCAGCCACCCAGUUCUUUAUGUUAAGUGGACCGUUUUGAAAAAGUUAAAUACAUAUUAGAAAUAUGAUUAUAUUUUGUAUAAACUG